AUGGAUCCGAACAAAGAGUUGUAUGAUAAAUCCAAAAGGGUGACAUUUGGUGAUACUUGUGGCACACCACCUCUCAAAUUAUUGCCCGACAAAGUUACUACUUUGGAAUUCAGCAAAACAUUCGACAUGUCACCAUUGAUUGAAUUACCACCAGUCAGAGCUGCCGUCUCCAUCGAGAAAGAGACGCCAGAAGCCCACUGUCCAGACACCUUUCUCAAAGAAUCCGACAAUCAGGCCCAUUCUUCUUCCUCCUCCUCUUCUGUAAGGGCCCGCUUCGAGAAUAUGAUUAGAGAAGCUCAGGACACCGUUUGCACCGCCCUUGAGGCCGCCGACGGCAGGGCCAACUUCAAGGAGGACGUUUGGUCCAGGCCCGGCGGCGGUGGCGGCAUCAACAGGGUUCUCCAGGAUAGCGCCAUUUGGGAGAAGGCUGGAGUUAAUGUCUCCGUUGUUUACGGCGUCAUGCCGUCAGAAGCUUACCGCACUGCAAAAGCUACCGCUUUUCCUGACCAGAAGCCUGGUCCUAUCCCUUUCUUCGCCGCUAGAAUCAGGGCCAUUGAUUAA